CAAAGGGAGAAGGACUCGCGAAAAUCCCCAAGAUUCCACCACCUCCGCGAGAGAGCCCGCCAUGUCUCUCGCAUCGGCGAGCUGUUACUGGCCCAAUGGACAGCUGGUGACCGAGUACAACUACCAGCCUUGCAAUGCAGGCAGCGACCCCGCGCACGCGGCGUGUUGUGACCUGCGCACGAGCGUCUGCACGGAAAAUGGAUACUGCUUCGGGAACGCGAACUACAUAUAUCGCGGAGGUUGCACCGACUCGACGUGGUCGUCGAGCAGCUGUGCUCAAGCGUGCAGCUUUGAAGUCGAGGCAGAUCUCUCAAACUUUGCAAACAUCCUGGAUUGCGACGGUGGCUCCGGCAAGGCGACCCAGAACCAGAGCUGGUGUUGCGGGGCCGAGGACGGCUCGAGCUGCUGCCAGAACAGCUUCCAGGUCGCCUUUGGCAGACCGUAUUUCCCCACGAGCACCACGUCGAACGUCGCGAGCACUUCCACCACCGUCUCGUCCUCCGGCGCGAAAAAGACCUCAUCGACCACCCCGACCACCACCACCUCCGCAGCAGCAUCCACGACGCCGAGCUCAGGCAACGGUUCCGACACACGGUCGAUCGGCAUCGGCGUGGGGGUGGGUGUCAGUGUGGGCGCACUCGUGCUCGCCAUCAUGGCGUUCCUGAUUUUCAAAGAGCGAAAGAGGAGGGUCACGGCGGAGCAGAGGUUCCAGGCCAUGGCGGCAGCUGGUGGUCACGACCCAUUUUCGGUCGCAAAACCGGAGCUGGAGCAACCCAUGUAUGACGGCGCGCGAAUGCCAUACACGAGGAUGCAUGAGGCAAAUUCGCAGUCUUUGUACGAGGUGCAAGGGUGAUGAGAGUCUUGUCAUUUUGAUUAGCGGUUUGGUUGUUAAGCAUAGCAAGAGGGAGCUAUGCUCUGUACCGAGUAUA